CCGUGCUUGAUCAAAUAUUAAAAACGUUUGGUGCAUAAAACAGUAUUUAAAUAAACCAAAUCAACCGACCAAAUACGUAAAUCUCGUAGCAUAAAACUAUGCUUCCGAUUGUUUUAUCGACGGCUCAGAAACCGUUAAUAUUUUUACUAGUAGUUGGGCUAUUACAGUAUGAAAUCGAGUGCAGAUCGUCAUCGUUGGAUGUAGCGAAUCCUGAAACUUGGAAGAGGUUAGCAGAUGAGCGAUUCAAUAAAUUUGAACAAACACUACCUUACUUAUUACUCAAACGACCUAAAAAUGUCAUCCUAUUUAUUGGUGAUGGUAUGAGUUUGAGUACUGUUACUGGAGCAAGAUAUUUGAAAGCGGAGCAAAUGAAUCUUCUGGGUGGUGAUGUACAAUUAGUAUGGGAGAACUGGCCUGUCGCAUCACUUGUGCGCACAUUCAACUCAGACAGGCUAACAACAGAUUCGGGUUCUGCAGCCACUGCCUUUCUAUCAGGUGUUAAGGGUCCUGAUGGCACUGUUGGUAUCACAGGGACAGUAAAGUGCUGUGAAUGCACUCAGUUAAAAGAGAUAGAAAAGGCGAAAUCUUCUCUCAUGUACGCUUCGAAAGCAGGAUUAUCCACUGGGAUAGUUACAACUACGAGAGUUACUCAUGCAACACCCGCAGCAGCAUAUGCAAAUAUAUUACAUCGAAAUUGGGAGUCGAAAGGAGCAAUAAGCAAGCAGGGACUGAAGUGCACAGACGCUGCUGCACAAUUACUCACUAACGCUGUUGAUGUCAACGUCAUAAUGGGAGGAGGAGCAACAAAUUUCUAUGGCCAAUCAGACACUCUCGCUUUCGACAUGAAAGGAAGGCGGUCUGAUUCACGCAACCUCCUUCGUGAAUGGAAAACGAUGCAAACCAGAAUGAAACGUAAGCAUGUUCUUCUGCAUACGACCGAUGAGUUUAAACAAACAAAUUGGUCCUCGGUAGACUAUGUUCUAGGUUUAUUUGCUCCGAGUGAUCUGAAUUAUACACUUCAAAAAGUAGACCAACCAAGUUUAACAGAAAUGACAGAAGCUGCUAUCAAAAUACUGUCUCGUAACCCUAAAGGAUACCUUUUGUUAGUAGAAGGAGGUAGAAUUGAUCAUGGCCAUCACGUUAAUAAGGCAAAAUACGCGUUAACUGAAACAUUGGAGUUCGAAAAAGCGAUCGAGAAAUCACUGUCACUUGUUGAUGAAAAAGAAACUUUACUAAUAGUAACAGCAGAUCACUCUCAUGUUUAUGGUCUGGUUGGUUAUCCGACAAGAAACACAAGUGUAUUCGAUGUGGAUAACACUGCUAAAGGAAACGAUAAUAAAUCGUAUCUCAUAUCCUCCUAUUUCAAUGGACCUGAAGGUAUAUUGGAAGGACCACGAAUAGAUCCGGCAACAGAAAAUAGAUUUGCAGACGACUACACACCACAAUCAUUGGUGAGAUUCAAGUUUUCUACACACAGUGCUGAGGAUGUACCAAUUUACGCUAAUGGACCUUUCAGUGAACUAUUUCAUUCUUCAUUGGAUAAUACGUUUAUUGCUCACGCAACCAUGUACUCACUUUGUGUCGGACCUUACGCGAAUAAGUCACACUGUGAUAGUAAAAACAGUGGAUCGCAACUCAGAGGACUUCAUCUGAAUAAUGUUUAUUAUUUAUUAUUGCUCAGUGUUAUUCUGUACAGUUUUAUCAGUUAG